CACUGUCUUGGUUAGUUCAGCGGGUUUAUAGAGAGUACAACAUUAUUGUACCAGAGUUUGUGUGUCCAUUAACUGUUGUUUUUCAGGGGGGUAGGUAGAGAUGGCGGCCGUCCUGCUUCAGAUUCUGGAGCGGACGGAGUUGAAUAAACUCCCGAAAGGCGCCCAGAACAAACUCGAGAAGUUUGUAACGGAGCUGCAAAAUGCUAACGACGCGCUCAGGACGCAGCAUGAGCGGUUCAAAGCAGACAGUGAACAACAAUACUUUGACAUUGACAAGAGACUGGCAGAGAGUCAGGACCAGUUCCUGUCUGCCACCAGAGAUCUGCAGACUGUCAAGGAGGAAAAUAAAAAAAUCAAUGAAGAGCUCAGUACUCUGAAGGGAAUAGAGGGAGAGACCCCCGAAGAUAAAGCACCACAACAGCAAACCAAAGCCAAGUAUGAAAUUGAGGCAGAGAAGAGAGAGCUGGCGAGGCUGCUGGAGAAGAGAACACAGGAGGUGGAAAACCUCACCGAGGAUGUGAAGCGUCUGAAUGAGAAGCUGACAGAGACCAGCAAAGUGAAGAUGGAGCUGCAGUUAAAACUGGAUGAAAUACAGUCUUCUGCGGCUUCCGUUCAGCACCGAGAGAAGCGUAUGGAGCAGGAGAAGGAGUUGCACGAGAAGAAAAUCGAGUGGUUAAGCGCAGAACUGAAGACCAAAACUGAAGAACUGUUGAACACCAGCAGGGAGAAAGGCAAAGAGAUAGUGGAACUACAGAGUGCUCUGAAGAACAGCAAGGAGCAGGUGACCAGAUUGGAAAGACAGCUCACUUCACUGAAGCAAACCAGUGAAAGCCAGAGUAAAAGAGCCGAAGAGCUCAACAACAAACUGAAACAGUCUAAAGAUGAGCGGAGUGCCAUGGAGGAGAAAUACCGCAACGAGCUCAACGCUCAUGUCAAGUUGUCUUCACUCUACAAGGGGUCAGCAACGGACAUGGAGACAAAGAAUCAAGAACUGAGCAGAGCAGUGGAAGAGCUCACCAAGUUGGUUAAAGAUAGUGGGGAAGCCAAUAAGACUCUAGAAAAGAAGGUGUCGGAGGGAGAAGAACUUAAGACACGGCUUGAGGCAGAGCUCAGAGAGAGGAUCAAGAAAAUGGAGAAGGAGCUAGAAAACGCCACAGUGAAGGCUGCGGGCAAACACUGCUGUGUUCCUUCUCUUACCGAGGAGCAGUUGGAUGCCAUGUGUCCGUCAGCAGCUGCCAUCGCUGCCAUUGUCAAGCCCGGGAUGAAGUUCUUUGAUCUGUAUAAUGCAUAUGCAGAGUGUCAGACACACCUUCAGCUUGAGAAGCAGGAGACCAGGAGAGUGAGCAGAGUUCUGGAUGAGAUCGUCCAGGAGGUUGAGUCCAAGGCUCCCAUCCUCAAGCGUCAGAGAGAGGAGUAUGAGAGCAUGCAAAGAUCCAUGGCCUCCCUGUGCAACAAGCUGGAACAGGCUCGAACGGAGAUCUACAGUUUGCAGAAAGAGAAAGAGGAGGCCAAGCAGCGCUGCGAUACCAUGGAGAGAGACAAACUGAGGACAGAGAGACAGCUAGAAGAUACAUCUACACAGUUGUGUGCUCUACUGGUGGAGCUUGAGGAGGCCCGUGGUAAUCAGGUGACCAAGGAUGACGGCAGCUCUGCCAACAUCUCCAGCACCACUGAGGUCGUCAGUCCACAAAAGCUGUCCUUCCGCAGUGUAGAGGAACUGCAGAGGCAGAACCAAAGCUUGCUGAAGAGGCUGAGGGAGCUGGAGGAGGAGAAGGACAGACAGCAAAACCAAGUGACAUCAGCACGUGUGUCAGAGUUAGAGGCCAACGUGAAUAAGUUUCAGAAGGAGGCGGAGCAGCUGAAAGAGCAGAGGAACCAGCAGAAACAGCUGGCUGACUCGAACGCCCGCCAGAGAGACAUGUACAAGGCCCUGCUGACACAGAGCACUGGCUUCAGCCUGCCUCCUCAAGGUUUGGAUUCUUCAUCCCAGCCUGCUCAUGGUCGGCCCUCAGUUCCAGCUACUCGCUCCACUCCUCAGAGAGCUGCUGCUGCUGAGUCAGCACAGACCGCACAGGCCAAAGCUGCUUUAAAACAGCUGAAUGAUGCCUUCACGCUAUAUAAGAAGGAGAAGGCAGAGAACGACAGAAUGCUGAAUGAAACAAACGACAGGUUACAGAGGCAGCUGACAGAUCUCCGCUCCAGCCACGCCAAGCUGACCUCUCAACUAGAGUUCAGCAACAAGAGGUAUGAGAUGCUCCAGGACACUGUAACAGCCUACCGCAGAGAGAUCUCUGCCCUGCAGGACAGGAACCAAAAGAUGGCUGCAACAGCCCAACGGCACGAGCACAUCAUCCACACUAUGAGCCAGGACCUGCGACAGGCAAAUGAAAAACUGGCAUUGGAAGAGGUGCGCGUCGAGAACUUGACCAAAGAGAGAGACAUGUUGAGACAAGCAGAGAGUCGACUCAAUCGAGAGAAGGAGGCCAUGCUGGCUGAGCAACGGAACCAGAACCUGCUGCUCACCAAUCUCAAGACUAUUCAGUUGACCAUGGAGCGUACAGAGACAGAGACUCGCCAGCGGCUUAACAACAAAAUAGAGCAUCUGGAGGCAGAACUGGUGUCAAUGAAGACAAGACUGGAGCAGGAAGUCGCACAGAGACACACCCUUGGGCGCUCCAUGGACGCUCAGUUAUUAGAAGCUAAGAAACAGCUAGAGACCCAGAACACCUUGCAGCAGAAGACCAGAGAGUUAUUACGAAGCUCUGAACAGCAGGUGGCAGCACUGAAAACCCAGCUGGCUUCUGCUUCAUCCUCUGAGGCUGUUACCACCUCCAGCAACACAAGCACCCCAGCUACCAGAGCUGCAGGCCUCAGAGCACCAAUUAGAGUACGCUCUCCAGUGCCAGCAGCUUCGCAGCAGCUCAGUCAAUCAGAGCAGGAGCUUGCUGAGGUGAAAGGUCUCCUGCGUACUGCAGAGGAACAAAAGAGCGAGCUAGCAGAGCAGCUAAAGAAUGCUAAUGCCACUGUAGAGCAAUACAGGGCUGUGGUACUGACUCUGGAGGACAGUCUGAAGAAGGAAAAGGAGUCUCGCUCUCCUCUGGAGCUCCGGCUAAAGGAGUCGGAGGAGGUGCAGAAGCAGCUGGAGAAGAGGAUUAUAGAGGUGGAGAAAAUGAGGCAGCAGGAGAGAGAAGAGAGGAUAAAGGCUGUGGAUGCAGUAGAAAAACAGGUGUGUGAGGUGCAGCGCAACCUUAAGUCCAGCCAGGCAGAGCAGCAGGAGGCACUGGAGAGAGCUGCUGCUGCUGUCACCCUGGAGCAGAAGGCCAUACAGGACAGCCUGCUGCAGACUAAGCUAGCUGCAGAGGCGCAGGCCAAGUAUGAGCGGGAGCUCAUGCUUCAUGCUGCUGAUGUGGAGGCCCUUCAGGAGCUGAAGAAAAGAUCCCAGCAAGACGCAUUACAGAAGAGGGACUUGGAGGAGCAACUGAACAAGACUUCGUCCAUCCUGCAGGAGAAAACUGCAACCUUCAACACAGCAGAGAAACAACUGAAGGAGGAUCUGUCCAAUAAGAAUCGUCGCUGUGCAGAGCUGACGAAGCAGAACGCUCUCCUGCACCAACAGAUCGAUGAAAUGGCCAACAAGAGUCGUCAGCUGCAAACACAGCACCAACAGCAGCAACAGCAGCUUGACCUGUCAUUCAGUGAGGAGGGAAAGACCACUGAACAGAUACUAGAAAUACUCAGGUUUGUGCGGCGUGAGAAAGAGAUCGCUGUGGCUCAGUGUGAGGCCUCUGACGGAGAAGCUCUUCGCUACAAACAGCGAGUGGAACACCAAGACAGAGAGCUGAAGGAGCUACAAGAAGCUUUGAACUCUGAGAGGGAGAAGAUGCAGGCUACAGUGAAGACUCUGGCCCAGCAGGAGGAACAGCUGAAGAAGAUGGAGACUCUCGGUGUUCUCCAAGAAACCAACAGGAUGCUGAAAAUGGACCGAGAUAAACUGGAACAAGAACUGCAGCAAGCUCAGGCUAAGGUGGCAAAACUCCAGUCAGACAUCAGCCCAUUGCAUCACAAUUUGUCUAUGCUGUCAGAGAAAAAUGGCUCUCUGCAGGCUGAUAAGAGGAUACUGGAGGAGGACCUCAAACGCUUGAAAGCCAGAAUACAGCAACUGGUUAACCAGCAGAAAGAUGGCGAUGUUGAGGAGAGACAGAAACUCACCGCUGAGAGAGAAGCUCAACAGAGACGCAUCACACAGCUGGCUGAAGAGACAGCCAAGCUGAAGACUGAACUGGCAAGAUCCAAUGCCAGCAGUAACUCAGCUCAGUCUCAGCUGCAAGGCUUCAGAGACUCUGUGGCCCGUCUGACGUCGGAGAGAGAUUCUCUGAAGAAAGACAUGGAAGCAAAGAACAGCGACAUUCUGGAGAAGAACAAGACCAUAACCCAGGUCAAGAAAAUCGGACGCCGCUACAAAACCCAGUACGAAGAACUCAAAGCCCAGCAUGACAAGCUGGUUGAGGAAACUGCUAAUAAAGCAGGAAGUGAGGCAGGUCCGAGCCAGGAGGUGCAGCAGGAGCUGACUAAAGCCCAGGAGGAGCUUAACAAGACCAGAGAGGAGCUGAACACACUGAAAGAAGAGAUGCAGAAAAAAGUGGAGGAGGCCCAGAAAUCCCAGCAGGAGACUGAGGAGGCCAAGAAGGAAAACCAGCAAAGCAAGGAAAAGUUCCAGGAGAUCCAAAACCAACUGACACAGAACCAGAACCAGCUGAAACAGGUCCAGUCCCAGUUGUCCCAGACCCAGACUCAACUGCAACAGAAUCAGAACCAGGUGACCCAGAGUCAGAAAGAGCUCCAGCAAGCCAAGACCCACAGCCAGCAGGUACAGAACCAGUUAAAGUCGGCUCAGUCUCAAGCUCAGGCCCGUCAGAACCAGAUUCAGCAGAUCCAGAGGGAGCUCCAGCAGGCUAAAGAAGCCCUCCAGCAGAACCUCACUAAUCAGAAAGAACUACAGCAGACCCACCAGAGCAGUCAACAGAGCCACAAUGAGGAAGUCAACAACCUUAAGACAGCUCUCACCCAAGCAGAGAGCAAGGUGACUGAGCUUCAGGGCCAACUGGACAGCCAGCAGAAGAUGGUUGGUGAGCGUGAAGCAGACAUUAAGCGUCUUCAGGAGCAGCUGACUGAAGCUAACCAGGCUAAUGAAGCUAGCCGAGCUGCUCUGGCCAGUCGGAACCAGAGUUCCCAGUCCAUUCAGGCCAGUGAUGCUAAUGUUGCUAGUGACACUAACCAGGCACUACAAGAUGAGCUGGCAAAACUCAAACAAGAGCUGUCAGAGAGCAAGAACAGAGAGGAGCAGCUCAAACAGCAGUCGGCUGAAAAAGAGGAAAAGACUAAGAAAGUCUUCAUGGGAGCAAAGACCAAAAUCAACCAACUAAACAGUGCUAAGGAGCAGCUCAGUCAGGAGAUAGAGGAGAUGAAACAGAGCAAGGAGGAACUGGAGGUGAGGAUGAACGCACUCAAGUCUCAGUAUGAAGGACGACUUCUUCGGCUGGACAGAGAGCUGAGAGAACUGAGAGAGACGCAAGCACACUCUGACCCAAGAGAGGAGCCACAGGACCAGAGUGGAGCUAAGGUGAGUGAUCAGGCCAGAUCUGCAGACCAGAGACAGAUAUCUUUGAAGAGUCCUGCCCAAGACAGAGGAAGCUCCAGCCUGUCUGACCCUCCCACUGCCAACAUCCGCCCCACCACAAGCACUCCAUCUCCUAGCAACAAGCCGAGCCCUUCCCCAGGUAGCAAGGCCACACCACGUGCCAGCAUCCGGCCCAUGGUUACCCCAGCAACGGUCCCCAUCCCAACACCUACUGCCACUGUCAUGCCAACCACACAGACUGACAGCCAAGAGGGGCUGAUGGGUGCAGGAGCCUCUGUGCACUCUACCAGCUCCAGUCUGGUGAACACAUCAAUAACUCAGCCAACCAGCACCCAGACCACAGCUUUUGUCCAGCCCACCCAGCAGCAGGCAGCCAAUCAGGAUGCCGGGCCCAGUAUGGAGGCAGAGCGACCAUCCACGUCCUCUUCUCUGAGUGGAACAGGUUCAAAGCGAGGCAGAGAGGAUGAUGACGAGGAAGAGGAGAGCAGACCAGAGAGUUCGCAUACACCCCCAACCACGAAAAAACUACGACUAAAACCAUCAAUAGCUCUGCAGAUGGAAGGUGAUGAGGACAUUGAAGGAGAGCUGAGGGACGAGGGUGAACGACAGGAUUCACCAGAUGACAGUCAGGAGCUUCCAGAGGAUUGUUUCCCCGUUUUAGCUGAAGACGAUGAGGACAUCGAGGAAGAAGGCGUGUCCCAGUCCGUCCCCUCUGAUCAGAUGUCCUCUCAGGGCUCCGCUCUUAUUCGGGACGUCAUUGUGAUAGACACGGACAGCGAUAGCCUUGAGAGCAAAGGGGGGGGUGAGAAGCAGGAGGAUGAAGGUGAAGGAGAAGAAGAAGAUGAGGAGGAGGAGGAGGAAGAAGAAGAAGAAGAAGAAGAAGAGGGGUAUAAGGAGGAAGAGGAGGAGGAUGAAGAUGAUGAUGCCGGUGAAACUGGGAUGAGAGGAGGUGAGGAGAGUAAUGAAGAGAGCAGGGAGGCAGGAGAAGAAGGGCAGGAUGAGCCAUCAGAGGCCACCAGCGCUGAAGAGAACGUGUGUGGAGCCUCUUCAGAUUUGCAGCGUCCGUCUGAGCCGUCACACAGCAAUGAAGGCAGCAGCGCCACAUCAGAGUCUGACCCCCCCAGAGACCCUGUCCACUUCCCCCCAACCUCCUCUUCCUCUGCACCCUCGCCCUCCUCCUCCAUUACACCUCGCCUGCCCCACCCACGUAGACCCCCACACCCACUCCCACCGCGGCUCUACAUCCAACCUCCAGCUCCGGAGCUGGGACCCCCACACACACAGAGACAGUCCUCUCAGCUGCGCAGACCAUCGGUAGGACGAGGACCUCAACUAACCCCUGGAAUAGGCAGUAUGCAACAUUUCUUUGAUGACGACGACAGAAUGGUUCCCAGUACUCCCACUCUAGUGGUCCCACACCGCACUGAUGGCUUUGCUGAGGCUAUACACUCUCCUCAGGUAGCAGGUCUGUCCACCAGGUUCAGGUUUGGACCACCAGAAGACCUGCUGCCUCAGACAUCAGCCUCACAUUCUGACCUGGGACAGCUGGCCUCUCAAGGAGGUCUGGGGAUGUAUGAGUCUCCACUGUUCCUGGCCGCUCAUGAUGAAGAUGGAGGAGGAAGGAGUGUCCCCACCACACCUUUACAAGUGGCUGCACCAGUGACGGUCUUCACAGAGUCUCUCCCCUCAGACAGCGGUGACAACAUGGCAUCCCAGUCGGUUCCUAUGGUAACCGCCUCCACGGGGAUGGCUUCUUCUGCAGAUGAUGGAGAUGAAGUGUUCAUGGAGCAGGAAGGAGAGGGUCCUGGUAUUGAAUCCUCAUUGGAGAGCCAAACAGACAUGGAGUCAGCAGGACAGCAGAGUGAUGAUGCAUCACUACCAUCUACCAGCCAGGACCCUGACACCAGCAGUGCUGCUCAACGGCGCACAGUGACCGGUCUGAUGAGCAGCCUAUCAGGCAGAGGAAACAGAGGAGGGAGGGGCGAGGCCAGGACGUUACUCAGCCGCAGAGGUACUUUCUCUCGAGGAGGAAGGGGCGGAGCCAUGGGUAGAGGGGGCAUCGCCUAAUGACUACGUCACUAGUAGCAACUCAGCUGUCUCAUCCAAUGAGAAAAUGAGAAGAUGAUGCUUUUUUCCUUUGUUUUUUUUGUUGUAUUUUGAGACAUUCAGUAUUCACAAUAAAGUUCAAUCAAAAUCAAUAAUCACACUAUGACACAGAGAUAUGACAGCUUUGUAUGUGUGUGACUCUUACUCUGAGAUAUGUAAGGUCAGAUUGUUUGUGAAAUCCAGUGAGUUUUAGUUGUUGUAAUUUUAGUUUCACGUAUUCAUGAGAGCAUUGCCAUUUUGUUAGUAUCCUCAGUUUGCUCUGUCCUUGGCCUGUCAAUACACUUGUUU